AUGCCAGGAUCCUUCUUCGAGAAACAGGGUGGGAUUUUCCUUGUCGCUUCUCAAAGCUGUCACUAUAGAAAGAAGAAACAUCUCAUCUUAUCUAAAUGCAGCGAGAAGCAGUUGAGGAAAGAUAGCCCGUCAAUUCUUAAUCGUUACCUUCUCAAUGGCGAGCGGGAAGCUCAGGAAAGGUCACUGGAGAGUGACAGUGAUGAAGACUCUGAUACUGAAGAAGAUAAUUCUUUCUUGAGGGUUUUAAUAGCUCCCAAUGGGAGUGUUUAUUCACUUGGUGUCCCUCUCUUGGCCGAGUACGAGGACACGAGCAAGUCCAUAUCAGAAGCAAGCUCUUCAGAAAAGGUCAAGGCAGAGCCUUCUACUGAUCCAUCUUUUCUUGAUGCAGAGCAAAGUCAUGGUAAGUAA